AGCGGAGACGCGCCCACCAGCCAUGUUCUCCUCACUUCCGCUUUUCAACCUUGUGUCGUCACCAUUCAAACGGUCGCAGCUUGGUCUUUUCCACGGGAAGAGCAAGCAAUACGGAAACAACGUCCCGUUCUCGAAACACAAAACCCGGAGAUCAUGGCUGCCGAACGUCCACAGCAAACGUUUCUUCUCCGAAACGAUGCAAGAAUUCAUCAAGGUGAAAGUCUCCACGAAGGCGUUGAAGACGAUCAAUAAGUAUGGUGGUAGUAUCGACCAGUAUGUCUUGAAGACGAAACCAGAGCUUCUGGGUCAUGAGGGAAUGCGGAUACGAGUGAUGGUUAGGGACAAACAGAUUGAGAAGGAGGGACAAGGACAAGGACAAGGGUCAUCAUCACCUGGCUCAACACAGUCGGUGGUACCACCACCGUCGACGUUGGCGGAUACUAUUACUGCUGCUUUAAUGCCAUGAUUCGGCUUCUGUCUGGGCGAGAUAUUGCGUUGUGUCUCGUUUGUCGGACCCUUACUUGUAUAUCAUCAUACUUUCUACCUCCGCAUUACUUCUCUAUUCUGUUCAAUGAAGGCACAAUGCUCCCAGCACUCGAACCAUCAAAUUAGCCGUUCCCAAUGUUCUCGACCGCCUGUCGGCACCGGUAUAGUGCUGCGAUCAGUUGCUUGUGCGCAGGACUAGAACAUCUCUUCAGCUUGGCGUUGCAAGUGCCAGUUCGGCCUUGUCUACAUGACAAUCGUGUGGAGCGGUAGGAUUCUCAUUCUAUGUCAAGAGUAUGUUUUAAGUUAGGCUUGGAGCUUGUUGCGAACCCACGCUCAGCUGUUAUGAACCCAUGUCAUUCUGUCCUCAAGCAAUAUAAAGCCGUCUCUCAUUC